UUUAAAGCGGGCAGCUUUGAAAUCAUUUUCAUUCGUGCUCAACAUCUCACUGCAGUGUAAUCAGAAGCAAGAAAAAAGUUGAAAAAAUCAUAAUUACAUCCAUCUGGUAGAUGACAUCAUAAACAAAUAUUAAUGACAAGUGAUUGAAGAUCAAAUUAACGUCAUACAAUUGAAAUAAUUUCAGAUAUAAGUAAUUUAUUAUUACAAUCUAUGAAGUGUUCUACACUUGUGGCAUAUUAAACAUACGAAGCAAAUAAUAUUACAUACAGCGAUAAACUUGACAAUUUACAAUCAUGAUAAGCCUCGUCGAUGUUCUACUUUUUUUCUGCUUUAUAUCAUUCCUUUUGUAUCUCUAUUUCAAAUAUAAAUUCAAUUACUGGAAGAGUCUUGGAGUUCCUCACAUUAAACCUUCAAUCCCUUUAGGAAAUAUUCAAGGUGGUAAAAGGAGAGUUCACUCAUCGCAACUAUUUAAAAAAUUUUACGAUGAGUUGAAGAAGAAAGGAAAAUUUGUAGGAAUUUAUUUCUUUACAAAGCCAGUUAUUCUACUCACUGAUCUUGACUUUGUUAAAACUGUGCUGAUAAGAGAUUUCCAAUACUUUCACAACCGUGGCAUUUAUUUCAACGUCAAAGAUGAUCCAUUGUCAGGUCAUCUGGUCAACAUUGAAGGUGAAUAUUGGAAGAAGCUGAGAGAAAAGAUAACACCAACAUUUACUUCUGGUAAAAUGCGAUUAAUGUUGCCGACGAUCCUUGAAGUUGCCACAAGAUUCGAAAUUCAAAUGACGAAAACAAUUGAAGAAAAUUCAGAACCUGAAAUUAAAGAUAUUCUCGCUCGUUUCACCACCGACAUCAUCGGAUCAUGUGCGUUUGGCAUCGAAUGCAAUUCUAUUGAAGACAAAAAUUCAAAGUUUCUUGAAAUGGGAUUGAAAGUCUUCCAGCAACCGAGAAACGCUUUCUUCAAACAAAUCAUCUCAUUGGUUUAUCCAGAGUUUGCAAGAAAAAUGGGAGUUAAAACAAUUCGCGAAGAUGUUGCAGAAUUUUUCAUGAAAAUCGUCAAAGAUGUGAUUGAAUAUCGUGAGAAAAAUGAAGUGAAGAGAAAUGAUUUCAUGCAACUUUUGCUUCAAUUGAAGAAUGAUGGAGAAUUGGCAGAUGAGGGUGACAGUACCAGUCGACUGAAGUUAGGACGAUUGACAGUUGAAGAAGUAGCUGCACAAGCUUUCGUUUUCUUCUUAGCUGGCUUUGAAACAAGUUCAACAACAAUGAUGUUCUGUUUACACGAACUGUCAUUAAAUCAAGACAUUCAAGAAAAAGCAAGAAAAAAUGUUCAAGAGGUUUUGGCUCGUCAUGGUGGGAAGAUAACUUACGAAGCACUCAGUGAAAUGACUUAUCUUGAGCAAUGCAUUAAUGAGGCUCUUCGCAAGUUUCCACCAGCUGCUAAUAUCGUUCGAACAGUUACCAAAGAUUAUAAUGUGCCUGACUCGACGGUUGUCUUUAAGAAGGAUCAAACUGUAUUAAUUUCUGUUUAUGCCAUUCAUCAUGACCCUGAAAUCUAUGAAAAUCCCGAAGAAUUCAUUCCUGAAAGGUUCUCACAAGAAGAAGCCAGUAAGAGACAUCCGAUGGCUUUCCUCCCAUUUGGUGAAGGGCCACGAAUCUGCAUUGGAAUGCGUUUUGGCAUGACUGAAACGAAAGUUGGUCUCGCUACACUUUUAUCGAAAUUCAAAUUCCAUAAAUCUGAUAAAACUGAAGUUCCUUUAGCUUUCUCUAAAACGAACCUUAUUCUAUCACCCGAAGGUGGAUUGUUCUUACGAAUUGAAAAGAUUUAAAAAUUAUUUCGGUGUAUCUGUUAAAACUUUUAAUCUCGUUUACGUGAUUUGAUAAGAAUAAAAAACAGGAGAGAAAAAAAAUGAUAAAUUCAACA